AUGGCAGGAAGUGGAGUGCCCAUCCUGGGUAGCCUAUACGUCUAUGCUCCAAACAAGGCCGCACCCAUCUUCUUCACGAUCGCCUACGCCAUCAGCGCCGCCGUCCACAUCUGGCAAUGCCACCACUACAAGGCAUGGAAAUUGAUCGGCUUGCAUCCAUUCUGCGCGUUGUUGUUCACUCUCGGGUAUGCGCUCAGAGAGUACGGUGCCUACAACUCUAUGUACCUCGCCGCCGAUAAGACGCCCCUGAUCCUCUUCAUCCUGAGCCAGAUAUGUAUUUUCAUCGGACCUCCGCUCCUUGAACUCGCCAACUAUCAUAUCCUCGGCCGAAUCUUCCACUACGUCCCCAGCGCUGCGCCCUUCAACCCGGCCCGAGUCACUGCCUUCUUCGGCGGCCUCAUCGCCCUGGUCGAGGGUCUCAACGCCGCGGGUGUCGCCCUAGCCGCCAACGCCAAGGCAAAGGACGCAUCCAAGAAGGCUGGUCACAACCUCAUCCUCGUCGCCCUCGCGUUCCAAGUCGCCGUUGUGCUCGUCUUCGCCUACCUCUCCGCCACCUUCCACCGCCGUUGCCUCAGCACCCGCGUCCCUGCGCAGAUCAAAGCCGUCCAGUCGACGCUGACCACGCUCUACCUGAGCAUGACGCUGAUCCUGGUGCGCUGUCUCUUCCGACUCGUCGAGAACUCGAUGGGCGCGACGAGUGUGGACCUCCGGAGCAUGGAGGCGCUGUUGAGGCUGAGCCCCGUCCUGCGCUACGAGUCGUACUUUUACGUUUUCGAAGCGAGCCUCAUGUUCGUCAACUCGGCGCUCUGGAACGUGCGGCACCCGGGACCUCACCUGCCCCAGAACCCUCACAUCUACCUCGCGCAAGACGGAACCGAGGUCGAGGGAGAGGCCGACGGCGACGAGCGCCGACCGCUUCUGUUGCGUAUGGCCAACACUCUGAUGUUCGGUCUGCUUAUACGUGACAAAAAAAGCGAUCUUCGCAGGCAACCACAGGAGCUUUCCGAGAACACAGGCAGUGGCAGCCAUGGCAGACCUAGGGGACAAGCCACUUAG